AUGUCUAGAAUCAAGUGGGAAAAAGCAAUUUGGAACAUUUCAGCACUUCCUCCGAGCUUGUCUUAUCCUGCCGAUAUCAGAAUUAACAAUAGAAAUUAUAAAACAAAUUCAAUCUUCCUUUGGAGUAUUAGCAAUAAAGUUAAAAAUCUUUUAUACAGUGAGAGACUUUCCAAUAAAUAUACAUUCAAUUGUAACAUCAAAGAUCAGAAAACAUACGACGUUCUUGAAGAACUUUUUCAUGGUCAGUUUAUCAACGACAAUUUGACAGAUAGCAUUCAUACAGAUUUAUUCGAAUUUGCUAUCACUAUUGAAAGUCAAGAUUUAAUCGAGUUUUAUUAUGAAAAGUUCAAACUUUCUAAUUUCACAAUCGAAAAUUUCGACAAUAACAUUAUUUAUUGCAAAUAUUGCGAUCCCAAAGAUGAAUUCAUCAUAUUUAUUUCAGAAAACAUUUCUAAUAUUGGCGUUGGUAAAAUAGUUGAAUCAUGCAAUUCUUUAGGUUAUGAUUUUGCAGAGAAGAUUAUUUUAUAUUGUCAGAAAGAAUCAAUUGAUUUUAAUGAUUUAAUUUCUGCAUUAAUUGAAAGUAAUUCAUUAUUCUUCAACUUACUUCUCUCAAUUGAUUUAUCUAAACUAUAUUUUGAUGCAAAAAUCAGAAUCCUCAAAACAUAUUUAGAAACAAAGAAUACUAACGAUUCUAUUGCUCCAAUCAUCAUUUCUUUCCUACCAACAAUUACUUGUGAACAUCAAGAAGCAAAACAAGAAAUAAAUCAACUUAAGAAAGAAACAGAAAUUACGAAACAAGAAAAUGAUAAACUUCGAAAAGAAACAGAAAUUUCAAAACAAGAAAAUGAUAAACUUCGAAAAGAAACAGAAAUUUCAAAACAAGAAAAUGAUAAACUUCGAAAAGAAAUUGAAGAACUAAAUUCUGUAAUAACUCUUAAUUAUUCAGGAAAUCAAUAUGAUGGAAUAUUUUCAUAUUUAAGAAGGAUAAAUAAAGGUCAAAAUCCUCUUACUUGUGGUGCAAUAUCUGUUUCAAUUUCAGGCAACUUCGAUGGAAAUAAUUCUAAUUUAUUUGAAUAUUCAACUAGACUUCAUAAUUGGUAUUUAGAUGAAGUAGCAAACAAUUCAGUUUCAUUCGAUUUCAAAGAUAGAAAAGUUUCUCUUUCUGCCUAUACAAUUAAAUCAGGAAGUUGUAGUUAUUGGGAUAAACCCGUAGAUUUUGCGAUCGAAGGAAGUAACAAUUGUAUACAAUGGGAUAUGAUUGAUGAUAAACCAAAUAACAGAGAAAUGGGUGGGGAUGACAUGGUUCAUACAUGGACUUGUUCACCAUCACCAUUUUAUCGUUAUAUCAGGUUUAGAUUGAAAACCAAGUGUAGUGGUGGGCAGUUAUAUACAGAUCAUUUUGAAUUCUUUGGUAAAAUUAAAUGA